UGCUUGUUACUAUAGCAAUAACCUCUCGCGCACAUCCGCCGCCUCCACCAACGUCUCUCACGGAUCAGCGCGACCCUCUCCCCCUCCUCACCGCAUAGCAGCAUCCCUCUGUCAACAGGAUAUUUCCUGAGACGGAAAUACGACGGGGGAAGGAAAAUGGCGCUCAUCCCAUCACAGAUCCUCAGAGUAGCGAUACUCUUCUCUUAUUUGUCCAUCCUCUGCAAUUACAAAGCCAUAGACAUGCCCGCGCAUCAAACAUACGGCGGUAGCUGGAAGUUUCUUACAUUCAUAGAUUUGGUCAUUCAGGCGGUGUUCUUUGGAGUGUGUGUCCUGACUGACCUCUCAAGCCUUCUGACAAAAGGCAGUGCCAGUAUGGAGCAAGAGAGACAGUUGAGGAAGCUCAUUGGCUUACGAGACUGGAUGAUGGCUGUUCUGGCCUUUCCCGUUGGUGCGUUGGACCUGGAGACUGUGAGCAGUGCUGCUGGCUCAAUGAGGAUAUGUUGAUAUUCAGAUAACAUCAAUGCUUAGAAUCAACAUUGAAAAUUGGACUGAAAUCGAAUAAAAAC